ACGAUAACGAUAGUAGGUAAAUCCAAGUCGGUAUCGGCUAUUAAUUUAUGAUACACAUUUUAGUAGGAGAAGGAAAAGCACCGCACCAUAUUUCGCGCUCUUGUCCCCACGGUCUGCAAAGAGCCAUUCUUAAACACCUCCAAAAGAGCAGCGGCAGCUACAUUGCGCGCACAGUAAUUGAUCGACCGCAGAGCAAGUUUGUCGUGCCUUUCGUGACUGGGUCUAGUUUGUUGUUCGAGCGCGCGCGCAAUUCCGAAUAGAAACAUGUUGCGAGUCGUUCCCAUUUUGAUUCUGGCCCUCGUGGCUGCUAGUGUCGAUGCUAAAGUGAAGGUGACGGUGUUCUACGAGCAUCUGUGCCCGGACAGCAUUCGUUGGGUGUCCAAUCAGCUGGCUCCCAAUUACGAUGCCCUGCGAAACUAUAUUGAUCUGGAGUUCAUCCCAUUCGGAAAGGCUACGAGUAUCAACGGUGGCGAGUCAUUUGAGUGUCAACAUGGACCACUUGAAUGCGAAGGAAAUAGGAUCCAGUCGUGCGUGCUGGACAGACUUCCGCAACAGGACGCGCAGGUUUCGUUCGUUACCUGCCAGAUGAACUUUGCCGCUGAUCCACGUGGAUGGGAGUGCACCUUCCGCUCUGGCGUGGAUCUGGUUUCGACCCAAAACUGUGUGGAAGGUAUCCAGGGAGUACAGCUGCAGCUGGAAGCCGAACGACGCACCCAGCAAAUUCCAUUGACCUUCGUACCGAGUUUCUCGUUUAACGAUCAAUUCGACUCAGAGCUCAACGACUUGGCGUUCCAGAAUUUCCCAGCUGCUUUGUGUCGUGUUGAUAGUUCAAUUGCCGGAUGUCAGUAGGAA